AUGCGCACAACUCUAUUAUUAACCUUGCUACUGAUACUCUCCUGCAUCUGUACAUGUGCAGCAGCAGAGAGGAUGCCACUGCCGGUGCCACGUGUGGGUGGAUACGCUACAGAGGCGAAAGGAAAAGGGACGAAAGACAAUCUGACAGACGGAAACAACGAAUCGUGGAAUAACGGUCAAUUCACUACCACCACACCAUCCCUCAGUAUGAGUGAGUCCAUGAGUGCCUCUGCCACUCUUCCUCUCUCGGACACCACUACUGUUGCCCCAUCAUCAGGAGAUCAACCA